AUGUACUGGCUAGCCAGCAGAAACGUCAUGGUGAUGGUUUCUCUACCAAAGUGGCGGGCGUCUUUCACCCUCCUCACCCUCCUCCGCUCACCUCCUUGCGGUUACUGUUCCUUCAGUCGCUCGCUUCGCCCACUUCCGAGCGGGAGGAUCGAAGGGGUUUACUGCUUUAAAGAUGCUAAAGCGUCCAAAGGGAACACCAGAGCCACCAGGAAACCUAAGACAACAAAUGAUGCCCUGGGUGAAAAGGAUCUAACCCACUUAGUAUGGUGGAAGGAAAAAUUGGAGAACUGCAGGAAGCCGUCUACUCUCCAGCUGAUCAAAAGGCUUGUGUACACCAAUUUGAUGGGCUUGGAUGCAAGCUUGAGAAAUGGGAGUUUGAAGGAAGGGAAUCUCAAUUGGGAAAUGCUGCGAUUCAAGUCAAAAUUUCCACGAGAGGUUUUGCUAUGCAGAGUUGGUGAUUUUUAUGAAGCUGUUGGAAUAGAUGCUUGCAUUCUUGUGGAAUAUGCUGGUUUGAACCCCUUCGGAGGACUGCGUUCUGAUAGUGUUCCUAAAGCUGGCUGCCCAGUUGUGAACCUCCGACAAACUUUAGACGAUUUGACAAGGAAUGGAUACUCAGUGUGCAUAGUGGAAGAAGUUCAAGGUCCAGUGCAAGCUCGUUCUCGGAAAGAUCGUUUUAUAUCUGGGCAUGCACAUCCUGGCAGUCCAUAUGUAUUUGGACUUGUAGGCGCUGAUCAUGAUCUGGAUUUUCCUGAACCGAUGCCUGUAGUUGGGAUAUCACAUUCAGCACGAGGUUAUUGCAUGACUUCUGUCUUGGAAACUAUGAGAACUUAUUCGUCAGAGGACGGACUAACAGAAGAGGCAUUAGUUGCCAAACUCCGCACAUGUCAAUAUCAUCAUCUCUUUCUUCAUAAAUCGUUGAAACACAAUCCCUCAGGAACAUCUCGUUGGGGAGAAUUUGGCAAGGGCGGCUUAGUGUGGGGCGAGUGCAGCUCUAGACAAUUUGAGUGGGUUGAAGGGGAUCCUAUUCCAGAGAUUUUACUGAAGGUGAGAGAACUUUAUGGCAUGGGUGAUGAAGUUAUAUUCAGAAAUGUUACUGUGCCAUCAGAAAGUAGGCCUCGCCCUUUACAUCUCGGAACAGCAACGCAGAUUGGUGUUAUACCAACAGAAGGAAUACCUUCUCUGUUGAAGGUGCUACUACCGUCAACUUGCACAGGUCUUCCUGCUUUAUACAUCAGGGAUCUUCUCCUCAACCCUCCGCCUUAUGAAAUCGCCUCUACAAUCCAAGCAACGUGUAAAGUCAUGAGCAAUGUCACAUGCUCGAUUCCAGACUUCACUUGUAUUUCAGCUGCAAAGAUUGUGAAGCUUCUUGAGCAACGGGAAGCCAAUCAUUUAGAGUUCUGCAGAAUAAGAAAUGUACUGGAGGAAGUAUUGCAAAUGUAUAGCAACCCUGAGCUUAACGGUAUUCUGAAAUCACUGAUGGAUCCUACAUGGGUGGCUACUGGUUUAAAGAUUGACUUUGAGACUCUUGUUAGUGAAUGCAAAUUGGCUUCAGGUAGAAUUUGUGAAAUGAUAUGCCUGGAUGGAGAAAAUGACUGCAAAAUAAGUUUCUCUUCUGUGAUCCCAAGUGAAUUCUUUGAGGAUAUGGAAUCUUCUUGGAAAGGCCGUAUAAAGAGAGUUCACAUACAGGAGGAAUUUGCUGAAGUAGAAAGAGCGGCCCAUGCCUUGUCUUUGGCAGUCAAUGAAGAUUUCCUCCCCAUCAUAUCAAGAAUAAAAGCCACCGCUGCCCCUCUUGGUGGGCCAAAGGGGGAAAUAGUAUAUGCUCGAGAGCAUGAAGCUGUUUGGUUUAAGGGGAAAAGGUUUGCCCCAGCUGUAUGGGCUGGCACUCCAGGCGAAGAACAGAUUAAACAGCUUAAAGCUGCAAUAGAUUCUAAAGGAAGAAAAGUUGGCGAGGAAUGGUUUACUACUUUGAAAGUGGAAGAUGCCUUGGCAAAGUAUCAUGAAGCAGGUGAGAAGGCUAAAGUAAGGGUCUUGCAACUGCUGAGGGAACUUUCUGCUGAGCUUCAAUCCAAAAUCAAUGUCCUUGUGUUUGCUUCAAUGUUGCUUGUUAUCACGAAGGCAUUGUUUGCUCAUGUGAGUGAAGGGAGACGCAGGAAAUGGGCAUUCCCUUCUCUUGUUUGGUUCAAUAAUCCUAAGGAUUCAAUCCUUUCGGAACGUACUCACCACAUGAAAUUAUCUGGUUUGAGUCCAUACUGGUUCGAUGUGUCGGAAGGUGGUGCUGUGUACAAUACUGUAGACAUGCAGUCCUUGUUUCUUUUGACGGGGCCAAAUGGUGGCGGUAAAUCCAGCUUGCUUCGAUCCAUUUGCGCUUCUGCUUUACUUGGUAUAUGUGGAUUUAUGGUGCCGGCAGAAUCAGCAGUGAUUCCUCACUUUGAUUCUAUUAUGCUGCACAUGAAAUCAUACGACAGUCCUGCUGAUGGGAAAAGUUCAUUUCAGGUAGAAAUGUCAGAAAUCCGUUCUAUUCUGAGUGGAUCAACAGCAAGAAGCCUUGUGCUUGUGGAUGAAAUAUGCCGAGGGACUGAAACAGCCAAGGGAACAUGCAUUGCUGGAAGCAUUGUUGAAACACUUGAUAACAUUGGUUGUCUGGGUAUUGUUUCCACUCAUCUCCAUGGAAUAUUUGAUUUGCCACUAAAUACCAAGAACACAGUUCAUAAAGCAAUGGGAACUGAAUAUGUCGAUGGGCAACCAAAACCAACAUGGAGGCUGAUAGAUGGGGUAUGUAGAGAGAGUCUCGCUUUCGAAACCGCAAAGAAUGAAGGAAUCCCUGACACGGUACUCCAAAGAGCCGAAAGCUUGUACUUGUCUGCUUAUACGAAAGACCUUCCUCCAUCAAAGGAAACAAAUUCAGUACGAUACGUUUCUCCUGGUAGAGAUGUGGAAGGUCCUGAUGAAGCCAAUGGUCCAUCAAAGGGAGAAGCUAAAGCAGGAAGCCUUGAUCAGGGCAUCCACUCAACAAGCAAGAAGAAUGCGAUAGACCACAAAGAUGUUGAGAGUGCAGUCACCAUAAUAUGUCAGAGGAUGUUGAUUGAGCUCUACAAGCAGAGGGGCAUUUCAGAUAUCGAAGUGGUUCGUUGUGUAGCCAUUGGUGCUAGGGAGCAGCCACCGCCAUCAACAAUUGGUUCUUCAGCAGUCUAUGUGAUGUUGAGACCAGACAAGAAACUAUACGUCGGAGUGACUGACGAUCUUGAAGGCCGAGUACGAGCCCAUCGUGCCAAGGAAGGCCUGCAGAGUGCCUCAUUUCUCUACUUCGUUGUACCGGGAAAGAGCAUCGCCUGCCAACUCGAAACACUCCUCAUCAACCAGCUCCCUAGCAGAGGUUUCCAGCUUUCAAACAUUGCAGAUGGCAAACAUCGGAACUUUGGGACGACCAAUAUGUCUCUGGAAAGCGACUGUUCCUUAGUCCACUGA